CCCGAGAACCGGUCACGUCCCCCCGCGCGCGGGCGCAGCUGGGGCGCCACAGUCGUCCUCUUCCUCCGCCCCCCUCCCGCCGCACACCCGAAGCUUGGUGCAUGCAGCUCGAGCGGAGCCGCGCCCCGGAGAGCAGGUGAAGGGCUGGGUGCCCGGCAGGGAGCCAGAGCAGCCUGAGGCAGGGGGGCCCACGGGGAGCGCCGGGCCCUCCAGCUGCGCUGAGCAGCAUCGCCACAGCAACCGGCGACCAGACCGGCAGCAGCCUAGGCGGACGCAAGUGGACAGCUUCCCACCGUGGCUGAGACACGAGGAAUGACUACGGCAAAUCAGGCCACGCCGCUGCCAGGGGAGGUGGAGUGUCACUAGAAAGGAGGGUGGUGCAGUCACUGCCCCCACUGCACAGAGCGGCGCCAUGCCCGCAAGAGGAGAGGUGCUGGGGCAGGGACUGCAGCGUGACACGGCCUUGCCCCUCAGCCAGCACUGAGCACUUUGAAGACGACGACGCCCCUGCUCCGUGGCAAGAAGGAGAGGCACCCGUUCAGUGCUCCCCCCCCCCCACAUCAGGGCCCGCCGCUGCCGGACCAUGGGAUGUCGGCAAAGCUCAGAGGAGAAAGAGGCAGCGAGGCGGUCCCGGAGAAUCGACCGCCACCUGCGCUCUGAGAGCCAGCGGCAGCGCCGAGAGAUCAAACUUCUCCUACUGGGCACCAGCAACUCGGGCAAGAGCACCAUCGUCAAGCAGAUGAAGAUCAUCCACAGCGGCGGGUUCAACCUGGAGGCCUGCAAGGAGUACAAGCCCCUCAUCAUCUACAACGCCAUCGACUCGCUGACCCGCAUCAUCCGAGCCCUGGCCGCCCUUAAGAUUGACUUCCACAACCCCGACCGUGCCUACGACGCCGUGCAGCUCUUCGCGCUGACGGGCCCCGCCGAGAGCAAGGGAGAGAUCACGCCCGAGCUGCUGGGGGUCAUGCGACGGCUGUGGGCUGACCCCGGCGCCCAGGCCUGCUUCGGCCGCUCCAGCGAGUACCACCUGGAGGACAACGCGGCCUACUACUUGAACGACCUGGAGCGCAUCGCCGCGCCCGACUACGUCCCCACCGUGGAGGACAUCCUGCGCUCCCGGGACAUGACCACGGGCAUCGUGGAGAACAAGUUCACCUUCAAGGAGCUCACGUUCAAGAUGGUGGACGUGGGCGGGCAGAGGUCAGAGCGCAAGAAAUGGAUCCACUGCUUCGAAGGCGUCACGGCCAUCAUCUUCUGUGUGGAGCUCAGCGGAUACGAUCUGAAACUCUAUGAGGAUAACCAGACGAGCCGCAUGGCGGAAAGCCUACGUCUCUUUGACUCCAUCUGCAACAACAACUGGUUCAUCAACACCUCGCUUAUCCUCUUCCUGAACAAGAAGGACCUGCUGGCGGAGAAGAUCCGGCGUAUCCCUCUGACUGUCUGCUUCCCUGAGUACAAGGGUCAGAACACGUACGAGGAGGCCGCCGUCUACAUCCAGCGGCAGUUUGAGGACCUGAACCGCAACAAGGAGACCAAGGAGAUCUACUCUCACUUCACCUGUGCCACCGACACCAGUAACAUCCAGUUUGUCUUUGAUGCGGUGACAGACGUCAUUAUUCAGAACAACCUCAAGUACAUUGGCCUUUGCUGAGGAGCAGGGCGCAGCCCACUUGUCUGAGGUGAAACCCACGCGUGGGGUGUCAUCCCUCCAACUCCUUCUGUCGAGGCCCAGCCCAGCCAGGGGCAGGAGAACGGGGACUGAGCAGUAUGUCCCUCACCCCUUGGCCUCUACCUUCUUGACCCCACGUUUCUGCAAACAUAAAUUAUAUAUGGAUAGAUUGAUAGGUAGGUAGACACGCGCACACGCACACACACACACCUGAUGAUGGCAGAGUUCGCCAAAACAUCAAGUUACCUUGAAGAGGUGAGAAGCCCUUGCCAUGAGUGCAUUCCAACAUCAUCCUGCCCCUUCACUCUGCCUUCCUGAGUUGGCCUCAAGUCUGCAUGGGAUUCCAUGUUGGACUGUUGGAGAGAGGCAGCAAGGGGCCAGGGCCGGCCAGGUGUACCCAUCACCUGGAGGAAGUCCAGCUCGCCACCUGAGCUCUACGCUGGGGACUUGGCCACUGUGCACAUUCCUGGCUUGGCCACACCCAACAAUAGCUGCUCGGCCACCACCACCACCGUGAGCGUCCUGCACCCGGGGACCCGAGGAGGAGCCGGGUGGACGGCACUGACCAGGCCUCCAGCCUCGUGGGCUUUUUAAACUGCUUCUUGCAAGUAUUCAGCCAAAAUUCCACACGAGAAAAUGAGCGGCACGAUUUAUUCCAAACCAGGCCAUCUGGGUUUCUAGCUUUUCUUCUACUGGUCUGAUGUUUUAUAACUCAAAACCGGGUUUUUCUUCUCAGACAUCUCUUUUUAUUUUUCUGGUUUGUUUGUUUCUUAUUUGUUGUUUUUUGGUUUUUUUUUUUUUUUUUUUUGGCCAAAUCUCCUGUCUCAUAGAAAAACAAAACUACAGACAAUUUCAGAUGUGGUUGAGUAUUUUUUAAAUGCAGAUUCUCGAAUUAUAUUUUAUUUCAGGUGGACCUCUUUCUUGUGUCUGGCUUGCUGAGUGUAAGUAAAAGUUACCUGGGCGAUUCUGUUCCUGUGCCCACAGAUUUCUGGGGCAAAUGGCAGUCCUGUGCCAGCCUCGUAGGACACGUGUUGUACAUAAGCCUCUACAGCGUCCUCUUGUUACUGGUGAGGUUUUCUGCUUUAUUUUAUUUAAGAAAAAUAAAUGUGAUGUAUUUAAGGGAGGCUCUUCACCUAGAAGCGAAUGAACAAUCGCUAAAUGUCUUGGUAUUUAAAGUGUAAAUUAUCUGUGGCUUUGCCAAGUGAAGGAAGGGGAGGCGAGACGCGGCGCUCCCGGGUCCCGGGUCCCCGGCCGGGAGCUGCUCCUGUGAAGGCACAGCCCACGUUGUGGCCUGAGGGAGGCCCCUCCUGCCGCUAGCUUUGAAAAGACCUUGGCGGAGGGUCACGUAUAAACGACAAACCCUGCCGCCAAGCAGAGGCGCCACCAGAGUCCUUGCCCAAUCUCUCUCGCCAUUUGUUCGGCACCCGUGUGUGCAGGGUCAGUGUACAGAACCGUAGCCAAGGACUUGAAGAGAUGUACAGCGAGGAAGAGAGGGGAGCUGGUGACGGGAUGAAGGUCAGAUUGUCUACUUUAAGAAAAUAAAAUACCCUGAAUGGAGCCAAA